UGCAGUAAAGCGGUUGAGGCGGCAACGUGAGCGGCAAAGCAGCCAACCCGCCGACAGGGUGGGACGGAAGAAAACUGCUGCUUCUGUUGUUACGAAUCGUCCCAGUUUUGGGGGCGUUUCACCGUAAAAUAUGCUGGCUCGAGUAAUAAGAAGUAUGGCCAAGCCAGCCAGGAUGCAGUCUUCCAGUCUUGUGAAGCCCGUUUCUCUAACCAAGAUCCCAGGACGUUAUCUGGCUCACCAGGAGGGACUCCCAAAGCUGCCUGUUCCCCCACUUCAGCAGACCCUUGAUCGGUACAUGGCCGUUCUGCAGCCCAUCAUCAGUCAAGAGGAGUUGGAGCACACAAAACACCUUCUGGAUGAGUUUGGGAAACCAGGGGGCGUCGGGGAGCGACUGCAGAAGGGGCUCGAGAGGAGAGCCCGCAAAACAGAGAACUGGCUGUCUGACUGGUGGCUGCAGACGGCGUACCUGGAGUACCGCAUGCCCGUGGUGAUCCAUUCCAGCCCUGGAGUCGUCUUGCCCAAAUUGGAGUUCCAUGACCGGCAGGGUCAAAUCAGGUAUGCUGCAAAGCUAAUCGCCGGUGUUUUGGACUUCAAAACCAUGAUUGACAAUGAGACGUUGCCUGUGGAAUAUCUAGGAGGGAAGCCCCUCUGCAUGAAUCAGUACUAUCAGAUCCUCUCCUCUUGCCGUAUCCCAGGUCCCAAGAGGGACACCGUCAUUAAUUAUACACUCAGCAAGAGUCCUCCCACCCAUGUGACCAUCGUGCACAACUUCCAGUUUUUUGUCCUGGACGUUUAUAACAGCGAUGGCUCCCCACUGACCGUCGACCAGAUCUGCACCCAGCUGGAGAAGAUUUGGAACUCCUCUCUGCAGACCAACAAGGAACCUAUUGGAAUCCUCACCUCCCAGCACCGCAAUACCUGGGGGAAUGCCUAUAACAACCUUAUCAAAGAUAAGACAAACAAGGAAUCUGUUAAAGCGAUCCAGAAGAGCAUCUUCACUGUGUGCCUGGAUGCCCCAAUGCCACGUGUCUCAGAUGAGCUGUACCUCAGUCGUGUUGCUACUCAAAUGCUCCAUGGGGGUGGAAGUCGUUGGAACAGUGGAAAUAGAUGGUUUGACAAGACCCUUCAGUUUAUCAUUGGUGAAGACGGCUCCUGUGGGGUCAUCUACGAGCAUGCCCCUGCUGAGGGCCCCCCUAUUGUUGCCUUGGUGGACCAUGUGGUGGAGUUCAUGAGGAGUGCUGAGACUGUGAGAUCUCCCAUGAUCCCGCUGCCAAUGCCAAAAAAGCUACGUUUCAAUAUCACACCAGAGAUCAAGAAGGACAUUGAGAAAGCCAAGCAGAACCUCAACAUAAUGGUUCACGAUCUGGACGUAAAGGUGACUGUGUUCUCGCAUUUUGGAAAAAACUUCCCCAAGUCUCAGAGGAUGAGCCCAGAUGCCUUCAUCCAAGUUGCCCUGCAGCUGGCUUAUUACAGGAACUACAACCGCUGCUGCUCAACCUACGAGAGUGCUUCCCUGCGCAUGUACCGCCUCGGGCGUACGGACACCAUUCGCUCAGCCUCCAUUGACUCACAGCACUUUGUGCAGGCCAUGGAUGACCCCUCCAAGUCGAACCAACAGAAAGUGGACCUCCUUCAGAAGGCCAUUGUGGCACAUCGAGCUUACACCAAUAUGGCAAUUAAUGGGCAAGCAAUAGACCGACACCUCCUGGGCCUAAAAAUGCAGGCUAUUGAGGACCUAACCAGCAUACCUGAGAUAUUCAUGGACACAUCCUUCGCCGUCGCCAUGCACUUUAACCUUUCUACAAGCCAGGUCCCUGCCAAGACAGACUGUGUGAUGUGCUUCGGCCCGGUGGUGCCCGAUGGUUAUGGCGUCUGCUACAACCCAAUGGACGAGCACAUCAACUUUGCCAUCUCGGCUUUUAACAGCUGUGCAGAAACCAACGCAGCACAUCUCUCACAUCUGCUGGAGGAGGCCUUGCUGGACAUGCGGGAUGUGAUAAUUCAGCUGCCCAAGUCCAAGCUGUAAGGGGAGUAUGGCUGGGAUUGGGAGGGGGGGGGGGUGGUGGCAGUCAUAAAGAGCAGCAAUCUAUCUGUGCCAUCAUGGACACCAUCACCUUUAACAUUAUCGGAAAAAUUGGAAGGAGCAUGCUUUUGGAAUGAUUGCUCUCCAUAACUUAGCAGGUGGAGUGUAGUGUUGAAUUCACUAUGGCCACCGUCAGGUUUACAAUCAUGUUAGUCACCAGAUGGAAAAGCACUUUUUGAAGACCCACUCUUGGUUUAAGCCUAACGUGCCUGGUGGGGUAGACUAUCACGCUUGCCCCCGUACCACACAGUUUAGUUCACUCAAUCAGUAAUGUCUGUCCAAGAGUGUGGCCUCUGAGCACUGGAGCCCCCCAGACUAAAUGCAUAUCAAGCACUUUGCACUACAAUUUAAGAGUGCUACACACUAACUUUUGAAAAUUUGCAAUUUUACGGUACAUACAUAUACCUAGUUUGGGACAAGAGGUCAAAAAAAAAAAGUAGCCAAUCAGAGGCCUAGGGACUGUAAGCAUCAACUCUGAGACCCUCCUGUAAUGUAAAGUGAAGAAUGAGGGAGGGGAAAAUGUAACGCUCUCUACAUUUUGCUUUCUUCACCAAAACAGAAAUCUAGAAGCGCACAGGAAUCCGUGUUUAAUGUACUCUGCACACGUGACAAUACCACAACUGCUACUACUGCUGCAGCUCGGAAGUCCCAUUAGUAGUGCUGGUUAUGGCUUUGCUCCAUCGUCGUGCCAUUUUGCCUUGUUUGUUAAUGAUGACUGAACAGACAGAAGUGGGCAAGGCUCCACAGUCUGCCUCUUAACUAACGUAAAUUUCCAAGAGCCUUGUUGCUUCUUUUCUCAUAAAACAAAGCUGAGGACUUUGAUUUUUGCUGUCUUCUUAGCCCUACUUCUUGUCAGCCCUGUAGCCCCUUUGCACCUCCCUGUGUCUUAAUACUACCAUAAUGUUGCCCCUUCCCUUGACACAUCCCAUCCCACAGAGUCUAAACCCCACCUCCUAUCACACCUCCCCAUAUCUCUCCCUGCUUUCUGUCAUACCUUGCAUCUGUCCCCAACUUUUGCCAUACACCCAAGUAUCAAAUCCGUCCCUCCCUAGUAUCCUAUCCUGCCCUCCCUCUCUUCCCACCCUCUAGUCUCUGCUGCCUCAUCAUUUAGCCCCAAGCCUAUCAUACCCCCUAAUAUCCAUUCUAGCCUCCACCAUGCUGCUCUUUACUUAAGCCAGCUUUUUCAUCCCUUCCAAUGGUUACACCUACCACUAUGAAGUCCCACCCAAUCAUAUCUCCCUACAUCUAGCCCUGCUUACAGACAUCCCUCCCACUAACUAGUCCCACCCUCAUUGUUGCAUUUAGCCACACCUCCUGCUGCCUCAUUAUCUAGCCCCACCCAUCAUCAUUCAAGGUAUCCAGCCCUGCCUCUGUGUUCUGAAACCACAGAUGCCAAAACACCUCCAAUGUUGCCCACUAGAGGGGGGAAACACCAUCAAAAUACCCCUACUAGAACCAAAAAGGGCCAAGACGAAUCUUGAUAAAAUAAAAAGGUUUAUUUUCACCAAGGCUCUGCAAGCACCAAAGCUCCAAAGAGCACAAGGAGAAGCCUGAAAAGACAAAUAUAAUACAGUAAACAAAGUCCCAGUGCAGAAUCCAAAUAUCGAGGUCAAAAGCAGAGCAGAGGUUAAAAAAAUAUCAAUCCAUACAGUCCCAAUACAAAAUCCAAAAGUCAAAAACAGAGCAGGGCUUCAAAAUACUAGAAAACUGAAAAGCAAAACAAAGCACAGCAAAGUCACAAUAACUCUGCACACCUAGCGUGUUCAAUGAACCGCGAGGAAUCAUGGCAAGGCCCUCCCUUAAAUAAGGUGGCGGUGAUGGGCAGGUGGCUCUGCAACUUGUGGGACCACCCGUAAAGCAUAAGGGACAUAACUAAAGCCCUUUCCCUUUUCCAACAAACAAUUAGAAGGAUGUGCAUAAUAAAUGAAAUAAAUAUUAAUACAAAUAAAUUGAAUAAAAUAGAGAAAAAACAACAAGAAAUGUCACUUUGAACCCCAGCCAGGGGAGACACGCUGACUGAAAGAUGAUACUCUGCCACACUGCCCUUUAUCUGUAGGAUCAGUUUUGUCACAUGUACAGAGUACAGUCAAAUUCAUAACUACACAUGCUAAUCAACAUGGCCUCGCCUUCUCUCAACCCGUACCCAGCCCUCCCAUGGUCACACCUCCCACUAUCUAGACCCCCAGUCCUAUCUACUAGCACUUCUUUAUGCAAACAGUUGUGGGACUCUGGAACAAACUGCCAAGACAUGGAGUUGAAGCAGAAACCUUGAGAACCUUUAAGAAGAAUCUGGAAAAGAUGUUGGGACAACUGAGCUAUUAGCUAAACAAACCAGUGAAAAAUGGACUAAAUGAUCUCUUGUUUGUCAUAUUACUUGUAUUUAGUAGCUCAAGGGUCAACAAUGAUGCACCCAAAACUGUGCCCAGUGCUUCUUAACUAAAAAUGACAACAAUGUAAUCCAUCCCAGUAUCUACUCCAGCUUAUGGUCACGCUUGCCAGUAUCUAUGCCUAUCCACAGUCAUCCAUCCCGCUGUGUAGGCCCACCCACCAUCACACCCCCUUGUGUUCCAUCUCCAUCUUCUAAUGCCAGUUUAUCUGCCCUUGCCACAUCAUAGCAGGUAGCACUUAUCUAGCACUUCAUACAGCCCCCACCAUUAUCAAGUCCCACCUCAUGCCAUACUUCCUUAUGUUUAGCUCCACCUACUUCUGACCACUUAUCCAGUCCCACCUUAUCAUACUUAAUAAGUUUAAGCCCUGCCUCACACCACUCCUUUUGAUGCCAACCCAACACUGCCACGUUACCCUUUACUUACUUCAGUCUCAUGUCAUCCUUCUCAGUAUUUGGCCAUGUCCACGGUGACAACUUGCACUAUCCAGACCCACCUCUGAAUAUCCAGCCUCACCUCUGUCAUACUGUCCUGUUCUUAGCUCCACCUCUUGUUGUCCAGCAGCUUGCCUUGCCCACCAUCACCCCUACAGAUUUUAAAUCUCCACCUCUUGCCCUCUUAUUUAGCCCCAUCCCUAUCAUAGUAGCUAGUAUCAAGACCACUGCUUUAGGCCACCUCUUCUUGUAUCAGCCCACCACUGCCACACUACCCUUGUAUAACUCCUGUCACCUCUUCUAGUGUCUGGAACCCCACCUGUCUUGCUACCCUGUUCUUCGCUCUGCCCUGUUACCCCUUUCAGUAUUUGGCACUGCCUGAAGCCAGCCCUCCCACUAUCCAGCACCAUCUCUGUCUGUCAUACUGCACUGUUCUUAGCUCCACCCCCUGUCACUACCAAGUGUGUGGCCCUGCCCAUAGUCACUCCUCCCACUAUCAAGCACCGUCUCUAUCAUAGUGCCCUAUUCUUAGCUCCACCUCCUAAUGUCUGGCCCUGCCCACAGUCACUCCUCCCACUAUCAAGAACCAUCUCUGUCAUACUGCACUGUUCUUAGCUCCACCCCCUGUCACCACCAAGUGUGUGGCUCUGCCCACAGUCACUCCUCCCACUAUUAAGCACCACCUCUGUCAUGUUGCCCUAUUCUUAGCUCCAUCUCCUAAUGUCUGGCCCUGCCCACAGUCACUCCUCCCACUCUCAAGCACCAUCUCUGUCAUACUGCCCUGUUCUUAGCUCCACCUCCUAAUGUCUGGCCAUGCCCACAGUCACACCUCCUACUGUCCAGCCCCAUCUCCUCAUCAUGGUUCCCAGGAUGUGGUCCUGCCCAGUAUCUAGCCCCUCCUCCUUUCAUUCCCCAAUAGAUAUAUAUAUAUUUAUAAUUUUUGAGCAGAAUUUUGAAAACUGCUUACUGAUUAGACAUAAUAUUCAAUUUGUUAAUUUUUUUGUAUUUUUGGUGAUUAUUUUGACUAGAGCUGAAACAGGCUUUAGCAUAUCAAGGCCUCGGUUGUGUUCUGUAACAUUUACAGAGGAAGCGGCGGUGCCCGGCCCUCUCAGCCAUUCCCUUUUACUGUAUGUCAUCUCAGCACAAUGGUGGUGUUGAUCCAUUCCAGUGUUUGGCUUUGGUAAGCAUCCCAGUAGCUGAAGCUUGACCUCCACUUUGACACAAAGGUCUCCAUAUUAAUUACAGAUGCUGGUGUAGGUGUGUGGUUAAUCUGAGGUUGGCAGCAGGAGGUUCAGAAUGGCAGUGCUGAUGCACCGAAGGAUCAGAGUGUUAAAUGUUGAUGGAGAUCACUGAUGAUUCUGAGCUGAUCUAUUAUUGGCGUCUGUCCACACCGACACGCCGCAGCCGUAACAGGAGCUCCGGAUGUCAGGUGGUCCUCUCCUAAAUGCAGGACAGCAGACUUGUAUGUUCCUCAUGCAGUUCCUGCUACACGUGAGAUCAAUGGCUCUGCUGCUCUUGUUCUUUUGUGGUGGUUUUUGUUUCAAGUGUGUCUUUGUCAGCUUCUACCGAGUGCCUCACUGAAAUCAUGGACACUGUGCAGAUCACUGAAUAAAAGGGGGCCUGAUGUCA